CUCCUGCCCUCCACGAGAAUCGAAACUAAGAGACGUGACCCAUGCAACAGGCGCCCGCGCCCGCUGGGUCUCCAGCCCUGCAGCGCCUCUCCGACCCCCAGGCCCAGACCCCAAUCAUGCCGUCGCCGGAGUUGCCCCGCGAAGGCGCUGAACGAAGUCCCAGCUCCGGUUCUUCGGAGCAGGUCACAGAAGACUUCAAGUUCCUGAACUGCCAGGGCUGCCAGACGCAGGCCAAGUGCCCCAAGCUGCUGCCUUGUCUGCACACACUGUGUUCGGGGUGCCUGCAGAUGCCCAGCCUGCGCUGCCCUGUGUGCCAGGCACCCCACUCCCCAGACGAGACGUCUGUGCUGGAUAAUGUCUUCUUCGAGAGCCUGCAGCGGCGCCUGGCCGUGCACAAGCAGGUGGUAGACAUGCAGGCCAUCUGUACGCGCUGCAAGGAGUCGGCGGACUUCUGGUGCUUUGAGUGUGAGCAGCUGCUGUGCAGCAAGUGCUUCGAGGCGCACCAGUGGUUCCUGAAGCACGAGGCCCGGCCGCUGGCCGAGCUACGCAGCCAGUCUGUGCUUGACUUCCUGGAGGGCACCCGCAAGUCCAACAACAUCUUCUGCUCCAACCCCAACCACCGCACCCCUACGCUGACCAGCAUCUACUGCCGGGGCUGCAACAAGCCGCUGUGCUGCUCAUGCGCACUCCUGGACAGCAGUCACAGCGAUCUCAAGUGCGACCUGAGCUCCGAGAUCCAGCAGCGCCAGGACAAGCUGGCUGCCCUGGCGCACGCGCUGCAGGAGCGCGAAGGCGUUUUCGGGGCGACGCACGCGCAGGUGAAUGAGGCCAUGGAGCAGCUGGCCCGGGCGCGCUCUGAAGCCGAGAAGCUGAUCCAGGAGCGCAUAAGCCAAGUGGUGGCCUACCUGAAGGAGCGGGAGAACGAGCUGCUGCAGGCGGUGCACACGUGCUACCAGCGCGAGUAUAAGGAGAUGGCAAGCCAGCUGCGCCACCUGGACUCGGUGCUGCAGCGCAUCCGCACGGGCGGCUUGCUGGUGCAGAGAAUGAAGCGCUAUGCCUCGGACCAGGAGGUGUUGGAUAUGCACAGCUUCCUGCAGGGCGCACUCAACAGCUUGCGCCUGGAGGAGCCCCGGAGCCAAGAGACCUCCGCAAUGAGCACCAACAGCUUGAACGAGAUCAAGGUGCGCCUGCAGGACCUGGUUUCUCACGUCACCCAGGCAACAGAUGUGAUUCUGUCCAAGAAAGUCAGUCCAGAGUUGGCCAACACCCCCAGUGACCUCCCGGGCGCAGAGCUGCCAGAUGAGACUCAGAAGAUAGAGGGGCUGGGGCUGGUGGAUGCCCAGUCCAUGGCCGUGGUGCAGCCAGAGCCUGGUGCCCACCCAGUGCCCCUGUACGCCUACUCCAUCAAAGACCAAUCCAAUGGAAAGAAGAACUUGGACUCACGCCCGGGCGACAAGAGGAAGUCCUGCUCCACCCAGUGUUCCAGCAAGAUGAUUAAACUGGAGUCUGAGAAAAAGGAGGAGGAGGAGGAGGAGGAGUGGCCGGCCUGGAACUCCCCGGAACAGCCCAGGCCCAGCACCUCCAGUGCAGCGUCAGAAUCCCAUUUGGAUGGGACUCCCGACCUCGGGAGCCUCGUCGUAAGAAACAAUAUCGCUCCAUCUCACAACAACCACGCAGCAGGUGACAAAGACGACAACACAGAGGAGGCAGGGGACGUGGUGGUGCUCAGUGGCUCCGAGGACUCAGAUGACACGGAGAGACAGGACCUGAAGCACCCCAGGACCUCGGAGCCACACCCCCCAGCGGCUUGCCCCCCGAUGUCGGCCCCUUCCCCUGUUCAUCAUGCUGAUGCAGUGGCUGCACCUGCCGACCAUCCAGAGCCUAGCACCGCCAACCACCAACACAGGAUCAGCUUCCUGUCACACCGCCGCCUGCCCCAGGACUCCGGCCUGCCACUCCCCCGUGUCCCCCUGAACCCACUAGUCCAAGUCCUGCGACAUAGACCCCCUGCCCCUGUACCCAUGCAGGAACACCAGCUAUCCAAUUGGAGGAGGCUAUUAGCCCACCACACUGGGUACACACGUCCUCGUGACCCACCUCCCUCUUAGCCAGGGGACUCAGGGAGUGCCUUGUCCUGUCCCUGCUGUGGUCCUGGGCUGACUGCUCCAGCACAGGAAGUUGGGAACUGUGCUGCCACCUGCAGGUCCAAAGACAAAGCGCCCCAGAUUCUUACAGUCAGAGCUCCCCCUAAGAAUUCAGUCUCAUUGUCACCCAAGUCCAGGUCCCACUACCGGAAGUCUCUCUGUGCCUGCACUCCCACGUCCCCACCAUCACCCCCUGUAAAAGGUGACCCAAGCAGCACCCUCAGACUGACCUCUGAAAGCCUCAAGUGCACCUGCCCCUUGGUAUACUUCUGAGCAGCCAGAAUGCAUCCACUAGCUCUUGGUCAAGCACAGAUGGCCAUGGGGACCCCUGGGCAGGGUGGGGACCCCCCCAAAGGCUGUUUGCAUCCUUUGCACUGUCUGGUGCCUGUGCAUACCAACAACCUGGCCUUCCCCUGCCACAGCACCCAGCCUAGCCUCAGCCCACAGCUGAUAAAUAAAUGCUUAUUGAAUGAUCACCCUUGAGAAUCUUUCUGUGCCCUUCAGCUUCCCUGGAGCCCGAGGUCUCCCUGCACUGUCCUCUGCUUCUCCCCUCAGGAACCUUCCAUACCAGGUGUGCCAGGUCCUGGGCACCUCCCGAGGCUGUUCUGGUCCCAGCAUGGGGAGGAGGGGGCGAGGGUCAGACCUUCUUGGAGCCUCUGCUUCUCCCACCCAGCUCCUGCCUUCCUGGGUGACCUCGCCAUCCAACACCCCGACCAGGCCCACUGCCGCUGCCAUUGGCCCCAUGGCCACACCCUGUGCCUCGCCAUAGCCAACAACAGCCCACCUCUGAACUGCCCCCUUGGACUCUGCUCAGUCCCUCCCACCAACCUCGCCUGUUGUCAGGACGCUCCAGUGAGGCCAGCCCUGGGCCAUGCAAGGACUCUAUAAAGUCCUCUGUGCUACCACCUGCAGGCCCAGAUGUGCAAACCACUGGGGAAGUCACUUGCCCAUCCUGGUCCCAGGCUCAACAUGGGCAAUUGGGUAUCUUACCUUCUGCUCCAUUGAGAAGACCGGGGCCUCCGAUGGCCCUGGGAAGCAGCUACCAGCCAACUGCUCCUUGCACAUCGCCUUGGUGAGCGCAGAAGGGACAUGCACCUGCUUCCUGGACCUCGCCCUGUGUCUGGCCUCUGCCUCCCUCCCUGCCACCUUGGGAGCCUUCAUCCUCAUCCUCCUGAUUGGAGCCCACGUCCUGAGUCCUUCCCCACCACGCAGGCAUCGCUGGCUCCGUGCUCUUCAGGUCACAACCCUGGCUACCCUCAGGCUCCUCCUUGCUCUGUGUGCUCCUGAAGCUCUCGAUGCUCCUCUUUCCAUUUCAGUACUUGUCUUUAUCUGUGCAUUCCCACGAUCCCAGCCGCUGCCCCACUCCUGGUGCCUAGCCCUGAUCAAUACCAGUGGCAGUCACUCCUGGACCCAUCGCCUCCUCCCCUUCCAGUACUGCGAGGGACACCCCCUGUCUCCGUCAUUCCUCUUGGCAGCCAGCUGGGUCUUUCAGGCUCCAAAGUGCCUCUGAACCUGGGAGCUUUGAGGUAAGAACCAGGUGGGAGAGGGAUGGAAAGAGAGGCAGGUA